AUGGCCGAGCAGACUAGUGCAGCGAACGGCAUCGUGCCGACGAUCUUGGAUCCCGCGACGUGUGCCAAGAAAGGACUCUGCACGGUGGCCCAAGGCCGGGCAGUCGAGACCCACCAACUCUACUUCGAGCUCCAUGGGGCCCUCGAUGGCGCCCAGAAACUGCUCUUCGUCAUGGUGAAGCAUUUCUCGCGCAAGCCCGACCAUUCCGUGCUAGUCUUUGACAACCGGGGCGUGGGGAACAGCGAUGCGGGUCCGCUUGGGAUCUACAAGACCUCAGAGAUGGCCAAGGACACAGUCGACUUGAUGGAGUAUCUGGGAUGGACCGCCGACCGCUCGGUGCAUCUGUUUGGGGUCUCCAUGGGCGGGAUGAUCUCUCAAGAACUGUGCUUGUUGGUCCCCAAACGCUUCAAGUCCGUCAGCUUCAUCAGCACCAAGGCUGGCAACAAGUUCGACCUUCCUCCUCUGAGCGGACUGUACAAGCUGACCCGAUUAUUGUCGCGGACGGUGACGGAAGAGCAGAGCAUCGAGAUGCUGAUGACCAUGUUAUUCCCAGCGGAGUUCCUAGCCCAGCCGACGGAGGGAGGGGGCACGAAGCGAGAAGAGAUAUACGAGUCGCUCUUGCAGCGUAUACGGAGGACGCGAAAGCAGCCGGCGGCGGGCGUGGCCGGCCAGCUGAGUGCCGCGCUAAGCCACUCCUGCCCCGCCGCCUCGCUGGACCAGCUCAUCGAGCCUGCCAGGAGCAUCGAGCUCCACAAAGACCUCCCGGGCUCCGAGUACCUCCUCAUCCCGGGCGCCGGCCAUGCGAUCUGCUCCCAGCUUCCUGAGCAGUCUAACGCCAUCCUCGAACGCGUCAUCGACGAAGGCAAUCGGGCCUUCUCCUAA